AUGUUCGGUCCCUUCCGCAUGACCUCCCCCCUGUCGGGCGGCCUCCUCUGGAAGAUCCCCUGGAGGCUCUCCAAGUUCCAGAAGCGCCGGCACCGCGAGCGCCUCCGAGCCGUCGACUCUGUGAUCGCAACCGUGGACGCGGCGCUGGCGCGGCAAGGCGCGACGAUCGCGGCGGUGGAGCAGUGGAAGGCUGAGAUGCCGACGGAGCAAGAAAUGCUGCCAAAGGACAAGUACACCAUGUUCGACCGGAAGGAAAAGAGGUAUCGCAAGGGCAUUCACAUGGGCGUCGCCCUGGCAACAUCCGAGUUGAUUGGGGCUCUGGCAGGAUAUUCAUGGCCUGUAUCAAUGGAUGCACCGCACCAUGUGCAGCUGGGACGGACCGCACUCGAGCAAAUGACGCAUACGAGUGCUGGCUGA